AUGAUUUAUGAUGCUAAGAAACUGGAUCCUGAUGUUGUGACAACAGUAUCAAUAGGUGAAACUGGUUUGCACCUUGCAGCAAGGGCUGGUUACUUGGAAUUUGUAAAGUUUCUUCUGGAGGCUGGAGCUAAUGUUAAUAAAAAAGGUACAUAAAAUCCAAAUGUCCAUUUAAAAUUCAAGUCUCACAUUUGUCCCCACAAAACAGUUCUCUGACAUGCAUUUCUUAAAACAAGGUUUAAGGAUUGUUUAUUGUGAAAAGUACACUUUAUUAAUAGUAACCCAGCUUGUUUACACUCAAAUGAUCAGAAAAAAAUAAUUCAAAUACAAAAAAACAGGAUUAAAAUACCCCAACUGGCAGGAGGCAACUAUAUUGCCAUUUUUAGAUGUACAAGUGUGGCCAAGGAUAAAUUGAAACUAAUGGAAUGACCAAAAACAACUGCACAGCCCUUGGAUUUCAAAGAAGUNAAGUUUCUUCUGGAGGCUGGAGCUAAUGUUAAUAAAAAAGGUACAUAAAAUCCAAAUGUCCAUUUAAAAUUCAAGUCUCACAUUUGUCCCCACAAAACAGUUCUCUGACAUGCAUUUCUUAAAACAAGGUUUAAGGAUUGUUUAUUGUGAAAAGUACACUUUAUAGUAACCCAGCUUGUUUACACUCAAAUGAUCAGAAAAAAAUAAUUCAAAUACAAAAAAACAGGAUUAAAAUACCCCAACUGGCAGGAGGCAACUAUAUUGCCAUUUUUAGAUGUACAAGUGUGGCCAAGGAUAAAUUGAAACUAAUGGAAUGACCAAAAACAACUGCACAGCCCUUGGAUUUCAAAGAAGUGAUUGUUUCUGGUACCGUGUAAUUACUGUGGUCUUAGAAUAACGGAACUGAAGAAUAGUUUCCCAAGUGACAUUUUCAGGCUUAGGGGUCAAUUUACAGAAAUUCGCUAUUUUCCCACUCAGAUUCUUAACUAGUAAGAAUGCCAAGUGCCAAGAAAAAAUUAAAUAUAUGACUUUGAAAAAUUGAAAACAUUUAGGAGGUGGUUUCGUAUGUUUGCUCUUUGCUUACAAAUAACUAUAAUUCAAUUAUCUGGCACAGAUAAAAAGGGAAAAGCUGCAAUUCAUCUAGCUGCUUCAGGAGGCCAUGUUUACGUGGUUGAAGUGCUUAUUAAGGCCAGUUGUACUCUAGAUGAUGUGGACAAAUUUGGUCGGUCACCACUCAUGUGGGCAACAGCUUGUGGACAUGUUGAAGUUGUGAAGCUGUUACUUAAGGCAGGGGCAUCAGUUACAACUCAAGGAAACUGGCACGCCCUUCAUGAAGCCUGUAAGAAAGGAUUUAUUGAGCUGGCUCAACUGUUAAUAGACGCUGGAGCACCAGUAAAUAACCCAAGGCAAUGUAAGUCAAUGCUUCUCAGGGGCACCCAACGAGAAUAUAGUUCAAAAUCAUUUAAACAUAGCAUUGUUAAAUGUAUUUAGUAUUUAAACAGUAGAUAUAGGCAUAUUUUUAAUUAUCCCCUAAAAAUUUUUCAUCUGUUCAGAUUUCCUAGCUGAAAGUCUAGUGAUCCGAAAAUUAUAGGGAUCAAAACUGACCUUUUCGAAAAUUUCAGCCAUAAAAAAGGCUCCCGAGAAUUGUAGGUGACCUUUUUAAGGGUAAAAAUGGCCAAUUAUACCACUUUUUAGAUGUUCUAAAAUCGUAGGAGAGGCAGGCAAGCAAGAAAUUUUACAACAAAUGUUCCGAAAAUUGUAGAGCUCAAAUUGUGUUCCAAACAGUUUAUUUUCUUAGGGCCCACCCCCCCUCCUCCCUUAUCUCAGGGUCUGGAUGACCAGGCCUCCCCCUUAUCUGAAGGCCUGGAACCACCACCGGUACCGGUAGCACAUCCACUAUAAUAUUGGUUCUUCAAAUCUUCCUGAUUCUUGGUUGAAAAGGAAUUGGAAAUGGUGGUUUUUGAGGAGAGGGGUAAACCCAAGUACCCGCAGAAAAACCUCUCAUUGGAGCGGAGGGAACAAACAUCAAAGUAAAUUAAACCACAUAUAGCCAUUACUGCUGGGAUGAUGCCAGGAUUGGUGGGAUGCGGAGGCGAGUGUUCUCAAUUAUCUACUUCUUAGUUUAUGUCGUGUUUUUGUUUAUUUAUCAUCGAUGAUUAGAUUCUGGCUGCACACCCUGGUCACCUCUUCAUAUUGCUGUUCGUCAGGGUCACCUUGAUUGUGUCAAGUUAUUAAUCAGGGCGGGGGCUGAUGUAAACAGUGUUAAUGCAGGCAAACACACGCCUUUACAUGAAGCUGCAUACAGAGGAUAUGAUGAUAUAAUGUUGGAGCUUCUUCGUCAAGGUGCAGACCCACAUGCGGCAAGUAAUCAGAAGAGAACACCUUUACAUGAAGCUUGUAUGCAAGGUAUUUUUAUGACACUCUCUAUUAUUUUCAAGUCUAGGCUUGAAAAAAGUCAUAUCUAGUCAUCCAGGACAAGUAAAUUUUCUCACUGGGAAACAAUCUUGUAUUGCAAGGUACAUUUAUGACACUCCUUAUUAAUUUUCAUGUCUAACUGGAAAAAAGUAAUGACAAAUUCAUCCAGGACAAGUAAAUCUUCUCACAUGGGAAAAAUAGCCUUUCAUGCUUGCUUGACUGAUGGGCAAAGGUCCCGGCAAAUUAACUUCAAUUCAUACUAAAACACAUAACUUUUAUAGGUAUGCAGAGUACAAAACAGACCUAGGCAAGCAGAUUUUUUGUAGCCCUGUACAUUUCAAUAAAGUUAUAAAUUAUUUAGAAAGGAAUAGUAAAAAUAAAGUUAAAAUAUCUCCUAAAAAUUCUAGAUUUGGUAACUGAAUAGGACACCACAACAGUACUUAGAAAGGUUCCAAAUUAAGCAGUGCUUUCUGACUUUGAAGAUGUGAUCACUUUGAGGAGUGGACUUGUUGUUUACAGGAGGGGAUCACACAUAAUUCUGAAAAUUUCAUGUAUAAGGUGUCAUUUUCUGAAAUUUGACACUUAUUUUCUGGGGCUCUCCUAAGAAAUUUUCUUUGGUGUUUAAUUACCUGUGGAUAACUAACUUAUUACAUCUUUACAUCUUUAGCCCCAUGAGAUAUUGUUUAAAUUAUUCUGGUAUAAGGUUUGUUGUCCACUGAAAAUUGAAAUUACUCAAUUUCCUGAUGGAUUCUGUAUUAAUCCUUUCCCAAGGUGGAUUUGUCAUUUCCUCUGAUGUGCUAUGAUCUGAGUGAUAUCAGAUCACCAAUCCUGAUAUGGAUCAUCCCGAUCGAAUACACCCAUAGAGUUUCGAUUGUAAAUUCGUUAUAUAUCAUCCUUAGCUUAUGUAGAUCAAAUCAUGAGUUGUAGCUGCUGUAAAUUCGUAGCAAUGAAUGAUCCAUAAUUAAAUAUCAUUCAGCACUCAUGUGAUCUACUUUGUGCAUCUUCAUUUUUGUGUAGGUAAAGUAAAGAGUGCAGUUAUGCUGUUGGAUGUCAACAGCAAGGUCAAUGCCAGAGAUUUAGUGAGAGACACACCUCUUCAUUUGACGCUGAGAGCUGAUCAUGCCUACGACAUUGCAGUUCAGUUAACAUCUGUACUUCUCCAGUAUGGUGCAUCAACAACACUUCUUGGACGAGAAGAUGACAUGCCGCUAGAAAUGCCACAGCCACUUACACAAAUGUGUAAGGUUCGUCUUAGGAAACAGUUAGCUUGUCAUUGGGACUAUAUACCUGAACUGCCAUUGCCACUAACAUUAAAGAGGUUUCUUCAAAGUGGAUUUUAA